AUGUCUGCAUACAUCCCUUCCGUGGGCAUGCUCGCCCUCGGCGCCAUGCAUCUUGCUUCAGGCGUACUUGGUGAUCUUCAAACCUGCCCGUCUGAUACCCCUUUGAGCUGCAGCACUUCGGACUCAACCGCUGCCUCCUGCUGCUUCAGUUCCCCCGGAGGGACUCUCCUUCUCACGCAGUUCUGGGACACCGAUCCAGCCACCGGCCCAUCUGAUUCUUGGACUCUGCAUGGUCUUUGGCCCGACAACUGUGAUGGAACCUAUGAGCAGUUCUGCGAUACUUCGCGCGAGUAUUCGAAUAUCACGGAUAUUCUGCAGGCGCAGGGUAGAACCGCGCUUCUAUCUGAUAUGAACACAUACUGGAAGGAUUACAAGGGCAAUGAUGAGACCUUUUGGGAACAUGAGUGGAACAAGCAUGGUACCUGCGUCAACACCAUCGAGCCUACCUGCUACACGGACUAUACCCCGCAGCAAGAGGUCGGUGAUUUUUUCCAGAAGGCAAUGGAUCUUUUCAAGACCUUGGAUACGUACAAGGCCCUUGCCGAUGCUGGCAUCACUCCCAGUUCUUCCACGACAUACAGGCGCAGCGACAUUCUAUCCGCUCUCUCCGCGAUCACAGGCCAUGAACCCUCGAUCAGCUGCGCCAGCGGCGCGCUGAACCAAGCCUGGUACUUCUUCAACAUCAAGGGUAACGCCAUCGAUGGUCAAUAUACGGCCACAGAUCCGCUUUCGUCUUCCAAUUGCCCAUCUUCUGGCAUCAAAUACCUGCCCAAACCAGAUAACUAG